AUGAACCAGGGAGUUCCUGCCUUUGUCAGCGCCACAGGGCACCAUGAAGACCCAGACCCAGGGCAGUCAGGAAGGCCAACCCACCCGGGGCUCCAGGCUCUCAGCCAUCAUUGGCCUCUAUGUGUGUGUGUAUGUGUGUGUGUGUGUGUCUGCAAAAUCCCAAAUUUUUGGGUAACAACAUUUGUCAACCAUCCACAAGUGUCUGCACUGCUUGGGGAGGAGGAUGAAGAGGCGCUGCAUUAUUUGACAAGAGUUGAAGUGACAGAAUUUGAAGAUAUUAAAUCAGGUUACAGAAUAGAUUUUUAUUUUGAUGAAAACCCUUACUUCGAAAAUAAAGUUCUCUCCAAAGAAUUUCAUCUGAAUGAGAGUGGUGAUCCUUCUUCAAAGUCCACUGAAAUCAAAUGGAAUUCUGGAAAGGUUCCUGAUAUGGAUGAUGAAGAAGGCGAAGGGGAAGAAGAUGAUGAUGAUGAUGAAGAGGAAGAAGGAUUAGAAGAUAUUGAUGAAGAAGGAGAUGAGGAUGAAGGUGAAGAAGAUGAAGAUGAUGAUGAGGGGGAGGAAGGAGAGGAAGAUGAAGGAGAAGAUGACUAAUGGAACACUGAUGGAUUCCAGCCUUUUUUAAUUUUCUCUAGUCCCUGGGAGCAAGUUGCAGUCUUUUUUUUUUUUUUCUUUUUCUUUUUUUUCCCCCCUCCCCUUGUGCUCAGUCACCCUGUUUUUGAGGUCUCUUCUCGCCAUUAUACCAUGGUUAUCAACUUAUUUUGGGGGAAAAUGCCUUGAGCAGAAUACAGUUGAAAAGAAUCUCUAUCAUUUUCUGUUCCAAAUUAAUUUUUAUCCCUUCCUGUCUCAACAAAAACUUAUGGAAUCAAUACCACCAUGCUCUGUGGGAAAAAAGAAAACCUUCUGCUCCCUUAGCUCUGCUGGAAGCUGGAGGGUGCUAGGCCCCUGUGUAGUAGUGCAUAGAAUUCUAGCUUUUCUCCUCCUUUCUCUGUAUAUUGGGCUCAGAGAUUACACUGUGUCUCUAUGUGAAUAUGGACAGUUAGCAUUUACCAACAUGUAUCUGUCUACUUUCUCUUGUUUAAAAAAAUCAAAAAAAAAAUCUUUAAAAAAUGGGGUUAUAGAAGGUCAGCAAAGGGUGGGUUUGAGAUGUUGGGUGGGUUAAGUGGGCAUUUUGACAACAUGGCUUCUCCUUUGGCAUGUUUAAUUGUGAUGUUUAAUGGACAUCCUUGCAGUUUUAAGACUACACUUUUAAAAAAUUAUCUCCUAAUGGUGACUUGAGCCCAGCCACUCGAUGGGAGAAUCAGCAGAACCUGUAGGAUCUUAUUUGGAAUUGUGAUUUUGUUCCUGUUUAUUUUUAAAUUUUCUUUUUUGUUUUCACUGGAAAGGAAAGAUGAUGCUCAGUUUUAAACGUUAAAAGUGUACAAGUUGCUUUGUUACAAUAAAACUAAAUGUGUACACACACAAAAAAAUAAUAAAA